AUGGAAACAGCAACUCUAGUCGCCAUCUUUAUAUCUGGUUUACUUGUAAGUUUUACUGGGUAUGCUUUAUAUACCGCUUUUGGGCAACCCUCUCAACAACUAAGAGAUCCCUUCGAGGAACACGGAGAUUAG